UCAAACUCAAAUUCUUACUUUUUACCUCUUUCUUAGAAUCCCAACCCAUAUCAGCCAGAAACAAUAAACAUGGUGGUGCCCUCUCCCACCCCAAUAAGAAGCAAGAAAACAAAGGCAGUAGGGAUACCGACCAUUGAUCUUCAUCUCAAUAGGUCAAUGUUAUCGGAACUAAUCGUGAAAGCCAGCGAACAAUUCGGCUUCUUCAAGGUGGUUAACCAUGGUAUUUCAAAGGAGAUAAUUGCUAGAAUGGAAGAGGAAAGUGCUGAGUUUUUUGAGAAAGCCGCCGCAGAGAAGCAACGAGCUGGUCCAGCCAGUCCUUUUGGUUAUGGGUGCAAAAACAUUGGCCGUAAUGGCGAUAUGGGUGAGCUCGAAUACCUUCUCCUUCACACCGACCCUCUCUCCAUUUCCGAAAGAUCCACACAUAUCUCCAAUGACCCAACAAAAUUCUGUUGUUCAGUGAAUAAUUACGUACAAGCAAUGAAAGAAUUAGCAUGUGAGAUUCUUGAUCUAGUGGCUGAAGGCCUGUGGGUCCAGGACAAGUGCGUCUUAAGUAGGCUUAUCAGAGACGUCCAUAGUGACUCACUUCUCAGGUUCAAUCACUAUCCUCCAGUGAAAGAUAUCAAUGAUUGGGACCCAUCUCCAAAACUUUAUCAGUGCAAAAACAAUCGGAUAGGAUUUGGGGAACAUUCUGACCCUCAGAUCUUGACCAUCUUGCGAUCCAACGACGUGGGGGGCCUCCAAAUAGCUUUGCACGAUGGCUUGUGGGUCCCUGUACAUCCUGACCCCAGUGAAUUCUUUGUGUUCGUCGGUGAUGCCUUACAGGCUUUGACAAAUGGGAGAUUUUUGAGCGUGAGACACAGAGCUUUAUCAAAUGCAAUGAAGCCAAGAAUGUCAAUGGCAUAUUUCGGGGCUCCACCCCUAAAUGCAUGGAUCUCUCCUCUACCGGAGUUGGUCUCUCCACAGAAACCAAGUCUCUAUAAGCCAUUCACUUGGGACGAGUACAAGAAGGCUGCCUACUCUCUCCGAUUGGGAGAUUCACGUAUCGAUCUCUUCAAGAUUCAUAGUUCUCAUCAUGGUGAUAAAAACUUAGUCAUGAAUUGAUCAAACGUACUUGAUCAUGUACCAUUUAUAGGACACAGAUCAUUAAUAGGA